GGGAUGAAAGUUUAUAAUGUUACUCCUUUUAACCAGUUACCAAGUCUAGAGCCAAGAAGCAGGAGGGCAAAUGACCAAUUUCCUGGAAUUAAUGGACAAUCUAUUGAUGGGGGUGCAAAAGAUUCUUUGACUUCUUGGCAUCCAAUCCAAACAUUGCCUGUUGACGCUAUUUAUUUACUCAUUUUGAGAAUUACAAUAACUAAAUUCUCUGCUGAUGACACCAAAAAUCACACAAUUGAAGCCGAAGUUCAAUGGCGUGGUCCUUAUGGAUAUUUAUCAGCAAUUGACUAUCCUCUUUUACAUUUUUAUGGGUUUAUGUGUAUUUUUUAUACUUUGAUGGCUUUGGCUUGGUUAAUUGUUUGCCUUAAACAUUGGAAAGACCUUUUACGUGUUCAGUUUUGGAUAGGCGCAGUUAUAAUGAUUGGAAUGAUUGAAAAGGCUGUUUUUUAUGCUGAAUAUUCAAAUAUGAAUCAAACUGGAAAGUCUGUUGAAGGAUUAUUGGAGCUUGCCGAAUUGACUUCUUGUUUAAAACGAACAAUGGCACAUGUUUUAGUUAUUAUUGUCUCUGUGGGUUUUGGAGUAGUAAAGCCUAGACUUGGAUCGACUUUAAAUCAAGUAAUUGCUGUUGGAAUGUUAUAUUUUAUUUUUUGUGCUAUUGAAGGACUUACAAGGGUUUCGAAGCAAACAACAGAAGCGGUCAAAGAAAAACAGAUAGCUAAAAUGCCUUUAGCUCUCUUGGAAAUUUGUAUUGCUUGGUGGGUCUUCUCUUCCUUAAUUUCGACAAUGAGAGCACUUCGAUUAAGACGGAAUGAGGUUAAACUAUCUUUAUAUUUACAUUUUACCAAUGUUUUGGGUAUGGGACUUUUUAUUUCUGUUCUCUACAUGUUUUGGUCUUUGUGGAUGCAUCUGUUUCAAUACUGCAUGAAGGAUUGGAAGGAAUUAUGGGUAGAUACAGCAUUUUGGCACAUCUUUUUCUGUACAAUUCUUGUUGUCAUAAUGUUUCUUUGGCGUCCUUCACAAAAUAAUCAACGUUAUGCUUUUACUCCUUUAUUGGAUAAUAGUGAAGAUGAAAAUGAGGAAGAUAUUGAAGAAGAUGAAUUAUUUACUAAAAGUGGAGGACAACGCCCAGCUGUUUAUGAAGUUGUAUCCAAAAGAGAUAAAAAACAAGAAAAUGGACAGAGUAAUGGAAGUGUUGCUGGCAAAGAUGGAGAAAACAAGAAUAGCAAAUUAGAGGAUGAUCUUCAAUGGAUUGAAAAUAACAUUCCAACAACCUUAGCUGAAGCCUUAGUUGACGAAGAAGAAGAUAAAGCGCAACGAGAAUUGGAAAUUUCAAAAAUGCUUUGA